GAGGCGUUCAAAGUGAUUGAAUUCCCGCGGGCGUCUACCAAACCUAACCAAACAGUGACAUUCAUUCGCUUCUGCAAAGUGCCAGCUAAAAAGCACUUCACGUCCUUGCUAGUGGAAUGUUUUCAGUGAUCGUGCGCGGCGCAGCUCAACGACGCGCUCUCCCAGCACUCCGUCACUUUUCAACGCCACCUCCAUCACCUCCUCAAAAUCCCCUUCCUCCGCCUCCGACGUCACUCCCAAGCCUUGACUUCCAACCUGCGGAACCAGAACCAGAAAAGACUCAGCGCACCGGUGCAAAAUCAUCCAAGGACUCGCUUUCGAGUAUAGAGCGAAAGAGACGGUUUUUAGGACGUCUAUCUCUUGGUGUGCUCGCAGUUGCUCUCGGUGUGCAAGUCGUGUAUCUCGGUAGAGAUUGGGAAACGGAUGAGUUAAAAGAACGAAAGCAGACGGUGGAGGAGGCUCCGUCAGGAAGGUGGGAUCGAACGAAGUCGAGGUUUUGGGAGCUGUUCGAUUACUUCAACAAACCCCAAUGGCCAGAACUACUCCCACCACCUCUUCCAGCUCCUCAUCAAAAACCGUACACCCUCCUGCUGUCCAUGGAUGAUCUCAUUAUCACGUCAACUUGGGAUCGACAGCAAGGAUGGCGGACAGCCAAACGCCCUGGCGUUGAUUAUUUCCUUGCCUACCUGUCCCAGUUCUACGAAAUUGUGAUAUUUACAACCCAGCACCAUUAUACCGCCAUGCCCAUAAUUGAGAAACUUGACCCAUAUAAUUUCUUCAUCACUUAUAAACUGUUCCGCGAAGCUACACGAUCAGUGGACGGUAAAAUCGUCAAGGACCUUUCUUAUCUCAAUCGUGACCUCUCGAAAGUCAUUCUCCUUGAUACGCAUCCGGAACAUGUAAGCUCACAUCCCGAAAACGCCAUCAUCAUCCCAAAAUGGACUGGUGCACCCGGAGACAAGGGCUUGAUUGCCAUGAUCCCUUUCUUGGAGUCCAUUGCAAUUUACAAAUCUCCUGACGUGCGACCCAUCCUCGAAGCGUAUACUGGAAAAGAUAUUCCUAUCGAAUACGCGGAGAAGGAGGCAGAAGCAAAGCGAAAGCAUAUCGAGGAGUGGAAGAGCAAGGCGCGUGGAUUAUCCAAAGGCGGGUUUACGCUGAGUGGCAUGUUCGGUGGCCCCAGUGAAGUCAAUUUGUUCUCGCCCUCUUUACGUGCCACGACUGACUCUACUACUCUGCAGUCCUCGCGCGCGUCUGUCCCUUUGACAUACCUCGAGCAGAAACGCCUUGAGGCCCAGCGGCAGUAUAAAGAGGAGCAGUUGUACAUUGCGACGCACAAGGACGAGUUUGAACGGCUGUUGGAGGAGGAUAGGCAGGCAAUGGCGCGGGAGAUGAGCGGGAGUCUGUGGGGCGCGUUGGAUGCGAUGGCAGGGAAGAAGGCAGAUGCUGCGAAGGCGGACGCGGAUGCGAAGGGAACGAAGGUGCAGGUGCAAUAGAUGGAUUGUGAUGCACACAACUAGACUGGAGUUAUUUACAUCUAGGCACACGUAUUUGUUAUUGUCAUUAUUGCUCUCCACU